AUGUACUUGCCAGUCAAGAUCCUGUUGUGGACCUUGCCACUACUCAAUCGUUUCCGCGCAGCAGCAAAGCCAGUAGGUUGGGACCAGCAACUCGACACAAAUCAUCAUUAUGACGGCUUUGAUAGCUCUCUGCAUGGAUUUGAUUGGCAGGAGCACCAAUCUGUUCAAGCAUGGAGCCCGAACCCGUUCGACCAAGCAGAAACGUGGCCAGUCGUCCAGUCAGUCCAGCAGCACGAUGCUAGGGCCCAGCAAGGACAGCGUGCUGAAUAUUCGGCUCUGGACGCUUCCCAUGAGUUACCUCCGAGGCAGAUAUCUUGGCUAAGCCGUAAGGAGCAGAGCACUGAUUCGGAAAAUUCGGUUGCUAGACAUGGUGGCUAUGCAGAUGGCGAUGAACCUCGUCAGAAGCAUGCCGAGAUGGACCAUCUGGAAGCCUCGCCCGUCGUCGCUUCGGCAAGCUCUGGAACCGAGGAGAGAGCAAUUCGGCCAUCAACGGAGAAAACUUGGUCAUUCAAAAGGCUGCAACGAUUGGAACACCUCAUCAACUCGAGAAAGCUCAAGCCAGCCCCGCGUCAACUCCAAUUUAUAUUUGCGGCUCCGGGAGGAUCAACUGAAAGUCAGGUGCGCGUUAUUGAGCAAGCGAAACGUGCAGCGAUGAGGGAAUGGGAAGACUCUAUGAAGACCGUACUCGGCAAUCCAUUUUUGGAAUUCAGAAGUGCAGAAUUGAUGGAUCCGUCAAAACCACUUCUGAUCGUCGCCCAAAAUGCCUGGGACGUCCGAGACCGCCAUCCAUUGUCCUCCUCGGGCGCAUUUGCAAACUUGCCCACCUACUCCAGGGAAGGACGCCAUACGCAUUUCAUGUACCGGCUGACCAACGUGGUGAGUGUGCAACUUCAGAAGCUGGGAUGGAAGUCGACGCGCAAUCGAAUCCUUGUCUACUUGAACAGUCGAUUCAACAUGGACUAUCUGAACAACGAGUACUUUCUCGGAAAACUUCGAUUUCUACCUAUCGACACGCACAAGCUCACUCGUGGCUUGCUGGACAAGGUCUUCUCGGAGCGCAAAAGAGUGAUGCUCUUACCGCCUCGUUCCGAGCAUGGUCUGAGCUUGGUGCUUGCACGCCAUAACGACGAUGCCUCGUGGCUGCAUGAGCUUCAACAGGUGACGGGCCCUCUGCAGGAUGCCAGGCAGCUUGUCUCGCUUUGGUCUCCCAUAUUGCGCGACAAGUAUCGAACCACGCUGGUGCUGUAUGGCGUGGCGCAGUUGGACGCUCGAUAUGAACAUGUGGUUUUGCAACACCUUAAUGACAUCGUUCCAUCCUGGACCGGUGGCGCUUGGGAUAUAUUGUACUACCUUGAAAAACACGAGCCGCAUGCAUUCUUGACAGCCUGA